UCGAGUUCCAGAUUCGGGAAGUAACUAAAGUCAAUAGGCGCCAAGUACCAAAUAGUCAACUGUUGGAUUAUUGAAAAAUCGAUCCUCAAUGAUUUCUCAUCAGUCUAUUCAAUCAAUCCACUGCUCAGUCCAGUAAUAUAAAACACCAUUGAUUCGAUUCCAGCAACUACUCACUCAAAUGGGCUUUGUUAGUUUUCUCACCAUGACGAAGAGAUUCACUGGAAUCAUCGCUAUUCUCUUGUUGCUUUCGCUGACAACAGCCUCUGCUUCUCAGGAGUUUUGUGAUGCUAGGAUGGAUUACAGUGUUGUGGGAUGUGGAGGAUCUGACUCCACUUCACAAACGAUCUUGAUUAAGGGAGGGACAGUUGUAAAUGCUCACCAUCAACAGGUCGCUGAUGUUUUUAUAGACAAUGGGAUUGUUACUGAUGUGAAACCUAACAUCAAGGUCAGUGAUGAAGUUACAAUAGUUGAUGCCACUGGAAAGUUUGUCAUGCCAGGGGGAAUUGAUCCUCACACUCACCUGGAAUUUGAAUUUAUGGGUACUGAAACAAUUGAUGACUUCUUCAGCGGGCAAGCGGCUGCACUAGCAGGUGGAACAACCAUGCACAUUGAUUUUGUCAUCCCGGUGAAUGGGAGUCUAUCUUCAGGGUUUAAAGCAUACGUAGAAAAAGCAAAGAAGUCUUGUAUGGACUAUGGUUUCCAUAUGGCAAUAACCAAAUGGGAUGAUACUGUUGCAAGAGAAAUGGAAAUUAUGGUUAAAGAGAAAGGCAUCAACUCCUUCAAAUUUUUCCUAGCGUACAAGGGUGCUCUCAUGAUUAAUGAUGAGCUUCUGUUGGAGGGACUUAAAAAAUGCAAGUCUGUUGGUGCUUUAGCCAUGGUUCAUGCGGAAAACGGGGAUGCUGUUUUUGAAGGCCAGAAAAGAAUGAUUGAACUUGGUAUUACUGGUCCAGAGGGUCAUGCACUUUCAAGGCCCCCUUUGGUAAUCUUUUUGAGUACAAAUAGACGUCCCUUGUUGAUACUGUCCAU